CUCUCUCUCUUCCGCCACCAAUUGCUUUCCAUAAUUUCUGCUUCUCUCACUCUCUCACUCACUCUCUCUCUCUCUCUCUCUCACACACAAACACACAUUUUCUCUGCAACCAAAAUCACGCCUAACAAAGCAGUGAAGCAGAAAAGCACUCUCCCUCCCCUCACAGUCACAGUCUUCAAAACCCGAACCCCUCUUCUUCUUCUUCUUCCCUGCGCCACCCCACUCUAUGAAGAGAGCUGAUCUCAUUCCAGCUUCUCUCUGUUCUCUCUUCCACCCUCUCUCUGAUUCUCUGCACUAAACUGAACGAAGCCCAUUAUUGAUCUCUCUCAUUCUCUCCCUCUGUGUAGUCUUUACUUCUUGUUGCUUCCCAUUUGCUUUUUGGGUAGAAGGAGAAAAUGGAGAAAAAGCAGGGCUUCUUCUCGGCCCUCAAGGAGGAGGUAGUCCGUACCCUCUCCCCUGCCCGCUCCCGCAAUGCCAGCCCAGGACGGGGCGCCUGGUCGCGGAGGAAGAAGCUCGAAAGGAGCGCGGCGGACCCUGAGCCCCUCAUUUGGAGGUCCGGGAGCCUCAGGCCGGUGAUGGAGGGCCCGGAUCCGGACGAACAGGGGGGGCAGGAUCUGAGGAGGCGCAGGGGGAGCGGGUCUAGCCUCGGGAGCUGGGUCAGGGGCCAGCUCUACAGCAGCAGUGGCAGCGGGGGCGGAGGAGGAGGCGGCGGCGUUGGCUGCUCGAAGGCUGAUCUGAGGGUGCUGCUCGGCGUGAUGGGCGCCCCGCUCUCUCCCGUUCAUGUCAGCUCACUGGAUCCGCUGCCCCACCUGAGCAUCAAGGACACUCCCAUUGAAACUUCUUCCGCCCAAUACAUUCUUCAGCAGUACACGGCGGCUUCAGGUGGGCAGAAGCUCCAGAACUCCAUCAGGAACGCCUAUGCACUGGGGAAGUUGAAGAUGACCACCUCGGAGUUUGAGACCGCCACUAAGGUGAUCAAGAACAGGAAUGCGGCUGAGACUGGCGGCUUUGUCCUGUGGCAGAUGAAUCCUGACAUGUGGUAUGUUGAGCUCUCUGUUGGGGGAAGUAAGGUUCAUGCUGGGUGUAAUGGGAAUCUCGUGUGGAGGCACACACCGUGGCUUGGUGCUCACACUGCGAAAGGACCUGUUAGACCACUCCGUCGAGCUCUUCAGGGUCUCGAUCCAAGAACCACGGCGAGUCUAUUUGCAGAUGCAAAAUGCAUAGGUGAGAAGAAGCUCAAUGGAGAGGACUGCUUCAUCUUGAAGCUUUGUGCAGACCCUCACACACUGACGGCCCGGAGUGAGGGGCCUGCAGAGAUCAUAAGGCAUGUUCUGUUUGGCUACUUCAGCCAGAAAACGGGCCUUCUUGUCUAUAUGGAGGACUCACACUUGACCCGUAUCCAGUCCAGCGGCGGAGAUGCUGUCUACUGGGAAACCACGAUCAACUCCUUCCUCGAUGACUACAGACCUGUCGAAGGGGUUAUGAUCGCACACUCUGGUCGCUCGAUUGUGACCCUCUUCCGGUUUGGCGAGAUGGCUAUGAGCCACACGAAGACCAGGAUGGAAGAGAGCUGGACCAUCGAGGAGGUUGCCUUCAACAUCCCCGGCCUAUCAGAAGAAUGCUUCAUCCCACCUGGCGACUUGAAGUCAGGAUCAAUUAGCGAGGCAUGUGAGCUUCCCCAGGAAGAGCGGGCCAAGGGCAGCUCAAUCUCGACCCAUCGGGCCAAAGUUGCAGCCUUGGAGAAGUCCCAUGAACUAUAGUUGAAUAAGCAGGAUCGAGGUUGAUUUUAGGUUAAUUGCUCGUAGCUUUUAGUUGGUCAACUAACCGAGUAGAAUCUCGAAUCCCUUUACUAGGUUUCUGGGACCCGAGUCAAGUUGGUAACUUUUCCUUUCCUGGAUAUGCCUCUAUUGAUCUGUAAAUAGAGCAUAAGCGUCCCCUUCACUUGUCCUAGAUGAAGCUUUAUGUUAUACUCUUUUUAGUGCAGAAUCCCGACUAAGGAGAGCCGGGGAGAGCUCGAUGUUCCAGGUAGGAAUUAGAGCGAUGGAGGUCAAUUUUUUCAGUUCACCUUCCGUUCUAGAGAAACCCGAAGAUGAUGAAGGUCCGGAGCGGCGGAGCUGUUAAUCUUCGGUUACUUACAAGUGUAAUUGUUUUACUGAUGGUUAUUAUCGUUCCUGAUCGCUUGUUACAGAACAGUGUUUUACAGUGUUGGUGGUAGCAGUGACAAAGGAAGCCGCUACCUACCUCGUUGGUUUCACAGUUUGUUAGAUUUGUUCUUGGAAGUGUUUGCUGCUCUGUAUAAUUUUUCAUGCUUAGAAGUAAUGGAAAUUUGUUGAAUUUUCUGAAUUUCGAAAAUUA